GUAAGGGUUAGCGGACAAUGGGGCUGAAAUUGUCGAGGCGGCACUAGAGCGGGAGGAGGGCCGAGGGGGCGGCAGAGAGCGGCACAGACGGGUUAAGGCGACGUUCUGUGUACACUUCCUCAAAUUGAGCUCGCAAGAGGGCGGCUGUUCCCCCGAGCAGAUUCUUCCCCCGGCAACGCGGCUCACUUUAUCCGGUUAUUCCUCCAGGAGGCCUUUUGUGGCGGCCCGAAGCCCGUGAAGUGACACUAACCAAGUCACGGCGGCCCCCGGGGCAGGAGUUUAGCGUGUAUAUAAGAGUGGGGUGUGUGUGAGGGGCAAUUGAGCGAGCGGGGAGGCGCCACACUCUCGCCUGCACCAAACCCCACCCCAUUUGGCUUAGAUUUGACCUGUGUGAAGGAAAUAACAAAAAAUUGAGAAAAUUCCCCGAUUACGCGCCGCUUCCCCUCUGUGGAGAAAGGUGGGGAAAGAGAAGAGGAAGGAGGCUAGUUUAGUAAGGAGAUUGUAGUGAAAGUCGUCAAAAUUAACGCGAUAAUAUUAGUUGAUCAGCAAACAUGGCGUGCUGCUUAAGCGAAGAAGCCAAGGAACAGAAGAGGAUAAACCAAGAGAUAGAGCGACAAUUACGCAAGGAUAAGAGAGAUGCUCGAAGAGAACUUAAACUACUGUUAUUGGGCACUGGAGAAUCUGGCAAAUCAACAUUUAUCAAACAAAUGCGAAUUAUCCAUGGUGCUGGUUACAGCGAUGAAGAUAAGAGAGGGUUCAUCAAGCUGGUCUUCCAGAAUAUUUUCAUGGCCAUGCAGUCUAUGAUCAGGGCUAUGGAUCUCCUACAGAUAUCGUAUGGAGAUUCAGCCAACAUUGAACAUGCAGAUUUGGUAAGAUCAGUGGACUAUGAGUCGGUAACUACAUUUGAGGAACCAUAUGUGACUGCUAUGAAAUCAUUAUGGCAAGAUACAGGCAUCCAACAUUGCUAUGACCGACGCAGAGAGUACCAGCUUACAGAUUCCGCAAAAUACUAUUUAACAGAUUUAGACCGCAUAGCUGCCAAGGACUAUGUUUCCACACUACAAGAUAUUCUAAGAGUGAGAGCACCCACAACAGGCAUUAUAGAGUAUCCCUUUGACCUAGAAGAAAUCAGAUUUAGAAUGGUAGACGUGGGUGGUCAGCGAUCUGAGCGGCGGAAGUGGAUCCAUUGCUUUGAGAACGUCACUUCUAUCAUCUUCCUUGUUGCUCUCUCGGAAUAUGAUCAGAUUCUCUUUGAAUCUGACAAUGAGGACAUGGUAAAAAAGCGCCAGUGCGUGGACAAUGGUGGUGUGUAUAUUAUGGUGAUUGAGCAAGGGGAUACCGAGAACCGAAUGGAGGAAUCUAAGGCCCUUUUUAAGACUAUCAUCACCUACCCCUGGUUCCAGCACUCUUCUGUUAUCCUUUUCCUUAACAAGAAGGAUCUGUUAGAAGAGAAGAUCAUGUACUCACAUCUUGUUGACUACUUUCCAGAAUAUGAUGGAGAGAAACAGGAUCAUAUUGGGGCACGUGAAUUCGUUCUCAAGAUGUAUCUUGCCCAAAAUCCAGAUCCAGACCGAAUGUGUUAUUCUCACUUUACGUGUGCUACAGACACUGAAAAUAUUAAAUUAGUGUUCUGUGCUGUGAAGGACACUAUCAUGCAGAAUGCUCUCAAGGAGUACAACCUGGCCUAAUGUUACUCUACUUUAUUGUCCAUCUCUUCAUUCUUCUCUUUCAAGACACUGAGAACAUAAGGUUCGUCUUCGCUGCUGUCAAAGAUACGAUCCUGCAGCUAAAUCUAAAGGAAUACAACUUGGUGUAACGUUGAGCUAUGCCCAGCUGGCUGAGAGUGUACACAAAGUGAAGUGACAGCAUAUUCCCUUCUUCAGUAAGGGGCUCCUUCUCCAGUAAGGGGCUGUUGGCUGAGGUUAUCACUUCAUCACCCUUACAUGGACAUUAUAACCAAUUCUGUAAACAAGGCAAUCAUAUUUGCAUCUACAAACCCAUAUUCAGUGCCCCAAGAAAUAAAGGCUCUGUGCUUUUAUUUGUCCCUUUAUUUUUUUUUUAUUCCCUUUCCAAAGAUUGUGUGAGCCUUGACAUUACUUCCAAGCCAAGCUAUCCUUUUUGGGACAGCUUUAGCUAUUUGCAAAUAGCCUAAUUAGGUGAUGUUCUGAUGCCAAAGGGCCUUGAAACUUUCAGAUAUGUAGUUCCAAUUUAUGUAAUGUACGCCUUUUCCAUUCUUGAGUUGCGUACAGUGUCUGUUAACCCAGUCUUACACACCCGGAAGGGGCAGAUGAAUUAGUCCAAUGCCGUGACUAGUUCCCUAUGACUGUUACAGUUCUGCCAAAAUGGCUGUCCCUACCCUCGUCCCGUGCUCAUUACCAACGCUGCCGACGAGCCUAGUGCUCACUGGUCGUAAAGGUGCUCCUUAAGCCCCAAUUCACGUGUGUGGAUGUGUUGCAAAGCCACACUCAGCCGAUGUUACACAUACGUAACUAGGAGCUGAUAUUGAUGUGUUUGCUGAUGAACAUCAUAAGCUGGCACGCUCCACACCUAACGAAGUACUGCUCCAGCCUAUUUUUCUUGCCUUUGCGGGAAAGUUUGCUUGCCUUGCAGGUGAUUGUUAGGAUGUUUUGUGUUGGUGGCUUUUGUAUAUUACACAUAUAUAAACAUUAUGUGGUCUAACGUUCAUCUUUAGUGUGUGAUAUUCUGUAGUUGAUCAUGAGAGGAGAUAUUCAUAAUGUAUAGGCCUGCAAAGUUUCCUGGAGGUUUAAGAAGAAAGGAGUGUUUGCUACCAAAACUUUAUGCACCUCCUAUGUUUUAUGCAUUUGGACCCAAAGAAUGUAAAGCACUGAAACCAACUGUGAUGCCGCAGCCAAAUGCAGCAAGUCCUAUGGCGUCCAAAGUGUGAAAAAUGCAUGAGCAAGACUGAAUAUCAAUAGAACAACAGAAGAAACAAUUGCAAAGUAGAUUAUCUGCAGUGACAUAGGAAAUAAAUACUACAGUGCAUUUCAACCACUGAUCUGUUAAUAAAAUCUGGAUAAUUCAGAUUUCUCAGUAUGAAUUGCUGCUGUACGUUUGAAACUGUGUCAAUCCCUUGGAUGGGCAUAAGUGCUUGUGAUACGUUGGUGGUAGCAAAUACGUUUUUACAUGUCUCUUAAGGUAGCCUGUUUUUCGUAUCUGGUGAAAGGCCAAAUCAGGCACUGACAAUACCCACCAAGUGACACACAAGUUAAUAGGUGAGGUGCUACAGGCUAUAGGCUCUGAAGUAUCUACUCUUGCCUCGAAAAGUGCAAUUCAAAGUUAGCCGAGACUUAAGACUCUUGUGGCUUAUGCGAAAGUGAGCCUAGACCGGUAUUUUUGAGUAUCACUAGCCAUUUACUGAUAAUCAUGCUUGUAUGUGACGUGUGUUCAAUGCAACCUGGGCACAAGGGUGUGCCUGCAAACGUGUCCAAUACUGUCCUCAAUGAUGGUAUGUUGAUUACUGAUAAUGAGUGAUGGUGGUGAUUGUUGAAUGAUGGUGAUUGUAGACGGAAGCACUAGUCAGUAUGGGUGUGGGUGAACCCAGUUGCCCACUGCUCAUGUUACUUGUAUAUAUGUGUCUGUAAUAAUAACUAUUAGGUGUAUGGGUGUGGAGAAGGCUGGUAAAACCUCCAUGGGUUUCCAGUGGAGAGAAGGUAGUGAGUGGGCACAUGCAAAGAGUAAACGAACAGACCAUGGACAAUGACGUUCCAAAAGCUUGGCGCACCCUAGCAAAAGGGCUGUGUGCAAAUUCUAGUCUCUUGUGCCAUCAGGUGUUUCUUACUAGACAAGCCCAUUCUGUUUUGGGCUGGUCUGAACCUGGCCAUUGCGGCAGAUUAACACGGAUCAGCUGGUCAGGGAGAGAAAACCCAUAGAUGACAGCUGAGCAGAGCAGGCAGAGUGAUUCAUAAUGAAACUUUGCCUGUAGCGUAGACUUAGCUCAAUUCCCAGCCAUGUAAGGUACGAUAAGACGUACGCAUGGCACGUGUGCUUCUGCUUGCAGGUUCUGCCAUGUUUGUUGGGCUGCUUGUAUAAUUAGUAGAGACUAGCAUAAUUACACACAGCCCUUGAAAAGAGCCUUUACCUUCCAAUCGUUUGUACACUUGUUGUUAUAUUCUAUUAACUUCAGGUUGCAUUUUGUCUAUUGUUUGUAGUAUGUACAGAACCAGUAAGGUAUUAUUUUUAUUCAUUAUCAUUACUUUUAUGGACUUGAAAGAAUGUGUUGACAAGUAAUUAUCAAUGAUGUGUAUUCAAAAAGACUUGUACUAAGGUUUAAAGAAAUUGAGAACCCCGUAUGUACCAAAGUAUAACUUGACUUUAUUUUUGAAGUGGCCGAUCUGUUGCACGCGGCAGCAGCGGGCGGGGGAGGAAACCACAGUGCCACCCUACCUGCCACUUUGCCCUGUUUAUAGCUUUUAGUCAUGCCUCCCGCCUUGCCCGCCCUGGGUCGUCCCCUGGCCCUGGGGGGGCAUGGCGGUUUAGGCCCCAGGGCAGCAGUGGCAUGGGGGGGCCAAGGCCCCAGUCUCCCCCCUGAAGGACCCCGGCCCCUCCUUGGCCUGUUGUUACAGACGGGGUGUUACCACUUCUGGCCAACAAAUGGCUAUAGCUGGCAGCAUCUCGCCUUGCCUCCUUCCUGCUCCCUAACCAUCACUCAGCGGUGACUGGUUGGACGUAGGCGUGUGGGCAGCAGAUGGAAUAACCUUAAGGUCAACAAAACCACUGCUGCCUACACCACCGCCCGUCUUCCGCGUUGCUUCACCCACACCAACUCGGCUCGCUCUACUAUCUAUUAAGCUUCAAAUUGAAAGAAUGAGGAGGGAUUUGUGUUUUAAGAAUAAAUAUUUAUUGAAACAAA